ACUAAGGUUCGUGUGUUGCGGUGUUGAGUCUGUUGACAUUUUUUUAUGUGCAAAUAAACCGACGGCCUUAGUGUCUAGGAUGAUUUUUAUACGUCAAAGAACAUCAAAUUUAAACCCACGGGAUAGUUUUUUACCUGCGUAGUAUAUAUCAAUUAUAUAAGCUUUGCAAUUUACCCUUUUGUUUUGUGAUACGAGGAUUGGUUCAUGGGGCUUGUGGGAGGGGUGACAGAAGCAGACCAUGACAUACAGUGCUUCUUUAUCUGCAAGAUACGUGUAUUUCGUUGGCAUAUCAACUCGGAUUUUUAAUUAGUGAGUGACUGUCAUUUGUGCGUUUUUUGAGUCCUUUUUUGUGCUACUGCGAAACAUUUUGGGGCAACCCCCUAUACAUAAUGUGGCUAUAAUACUGUGUUUUUGUUAGUGGUGUGGGUUCCAAGUAGAAGCAACCUAUGUUGGUUGUGUUGGUGCAAGAAGGAAAGAAGAGACGUAUGAUAUGUUAUACAACAUUUUAUCAGUUUUCAUGAAGGUUACAGCUUAAGUCACACAGGAUAGUGUCGGUCUGCGUUAGCUGCAUUCCAGCCUCUGAGACUGAUAUAUUUCGGCCCCGUAGUUGAGGAGAACUUCCUGUCUUAACGAACUGGUAAUGGAUAUGUGAUAUCACACAUGCAUCAAAAAUGGACGGCGAGGAUGUGUCAGAACCCGCUGUUGAAGAAAGAACCAUCCUUAGAAUUGUGCAGAGGUAGUAAAGGAAUAUUACCUGCACCUGUAAAUAUGUUACAUGAAUGUGGUACAGCAGUAAUACCCUUUACGCAUGCUUAGCAAAUGGGGACAUGUGUCGUACUACCGAAGAAAUGUGACCGAAUAUUAGACGAUGGUGGUUAGAAUGUGCAAGAAUCUGUAACGUACCAUAGUGCAGUGUUCGUGAUGGCCGCCUCUCUGCUAGAAGGCAAGCGAUUCUUUUGCCGGGAGUGGGCGUUCCUCAAACUAGCACAUUCUCUGGAACAGCGCCCAGUAUCCAAAACUUGUGGUACAAUGGUGGUUGGAGGGCCUGGAACAGGCAAAACAGCCCUGUGCUGUGAGAUAGUUUGGCCAAAACAGGGCUCUGCUUGUCGACAACAACGCAGCCUCAACAGACGUCUCCUGGCGUACCAUUUCUGCCAAGCCCACGAUGCAUCUACCUUAUCCCUUUCGGUCUUCGUUAGGAAUAUUGUGUCACAACUCCUCGCCAAAUGUUCCUCUCCAAUUGCAGACGAAGAUGGAACUAUCCUACAGUCUCCAUCUUCUCCACAUAUCCCAAAAUCGUUUUCUGCCGCUGAGGGCUAUGCAGAUAAAGUUCGGAACGACCCAGAAAUUCUCGCUGCUUUACGUCCGGAAGCUUUAGAACGAGAUCCUGAUGAAGCUUUAAAACGCGCAGUCCUCUUCCCUUUACUGGAAAUUGAACCUCCAAAGCAGUGCCUAUUUUUAUUAGUGGAUUCUAUAGAUGAAGCUCAAAUGUUGAACAUGUCAGGAUCAUUAACUGCAUCGUCCUCGAGUCGCCGUGGGUCGGUCGGAACGAGCAGGACGAUCGCGGAAUUGCUGGCAAACCAUCACCAUCUGUUUCCUCAGUGGCUUGUGCUUAUCUGUACAGCAAGAAGACAGAGUAAAACCGUGUCUCGAAUGUUUACAGGAUUCCGGAAGAUCAGCCUUGACGACCUUAGGAAAUCUCAGGUUGUAAGGGAUGUUCAGCAGUACAUUCUAGCCCGCCUGGAUCAGGAAGACUCUCUCAGGCAACACAUUAGUCGUGAUACGGCGGAAAUGUUAAAUCAGCUUCACAUAAAAAGCAAUGGUUGCUUCCUAUAUCUCGAGAAAGUUUUGGACGGAGUUGCGGAAAAUUUCAUUGUACUUAGGGAGAUACGCGAGAUCCCAGGUACUUUAAAUGGUCUUUAUCUUUGGCUUUGUCAAAGACUUUUUAAUCGAAAACAGUUUUCAAAGGUUCAGCCUUUGCUUAACGUAAUUCUUGCAUCAAGAAAACCAUUAACUCAGGAUCAGCUUUACCAGUGUGUGUGGACGUCUAACACAGUGAUGAGUCGUGAGGACUUCCAGAAGCGACUGCAUCUGCUGCGACGAGUGUUGGCUGUGUGUAAGGACGGCACGCUGCUUCUCUUUCACCACAGUUUUUCCGAGUGGCUUUUGGACGUGAAGCAUUGCACGCAGAAGUACUUGUGUUCCGCAAGUGAAGGCCAUGCCAUGCUAGCCAUGAGCUAUACCCUAAGGGCACAUGAACUCACGGCAGACGAGGUGCAGGGCUAUGCACUGCAUCUGAAUCGGCUGCCAGCUCUGCCAGCAUCUGUUGCUAAUGAUCUGGCAUCCUCCUGCUCGCUGGAUUACCACCAUAUUGUGCUGCUGUGGCUUAUCGGCUCCGGGGCUCCUGUUGAAGACUGCCUCCUCCAGGUGGAUGGGUUGGAUUGGGAAGAGAGACUUAGUUCUACGCUGCCUACUCCCAGAGAUCCACGUGUUGUUCGAUUACUCCUUGAAGCAGGUGCUAGGCUAUCGACUGAAGAAGAAAGAAACGAUGCCAGAGAUGGAAAGAGUGGCUGUGAACAUGCAGAGGAAGUUGUUUCAUCUAGUCAGGUGUCAGAGGAAUGUAGCCCAGUCAUAGAGUCACUGGUUCGUGAUCCUCUUGCUGAAUUGCUGGUGCUUGUGGAUGGAGAUGUAAAUAGGCCAGAUGGGGGUGGACGCACCUUGUUACACUCAUUAUCGGCUGAGGGGAAUGCACAGCUACUGGAGCAGGCAAUAGCUAUGUGUCAUGAUGCAGACCUUGAAGCAACUGAUCGCCAUGGACAGACUCCGCUCAACCUGGCUGCAAGGCAUGGUCAUGGAGAUGUGGUGGCAGUUUUGUUAGCAGCUGGUGCCACACCAGAUCAUGCUGACUGUGAUGGUUGGACUGCACUCAGAGCAGCAGCAUGGGGAGGACAUACACAGGUAGUGGAAUCUCUCCUUGAACAUGGUGCAGCUGUGGAUUGUGCUGACUCUGACCAGCGCACAGCUCUGCGGGCAGCUGCUUGGGGUGGUCAUGAGGACAUCGUGUUGGCACUUCUACGUCAUGGUGCAGAUGUAAACCAAACAGAUGAUGAGGGCCGCACAGCGCUUAUAGCAGCGGCUUACAUGGGACAUUCGGAGAUAGUGGAGCACCUCCUUGACUUUAGUGCAGAGAUCAAUCAUGAAGAUGCUGAUGGGAGAACUGCACUUAGUGUAGCAGCACUUUGUGUCCCAGCAAAUGAAGGAUAUGCCAAGGUUGUGAAUAUUCUACUUGAACGAGGUGCAGCAGUCGAUCAUCAAGAUAAGGAUGGAAUGACACCUCUGCUGGUUGCAGCAUUUGAAGGACAUAGGGAUGUUUGUGAGUUGCUCUUGGAAUAUGAGGCUGAUGUGGACCAUGCAGACCGUGGGGGCCGAACACCACUAUGGGCAGCAUCAUCUAUGGGACACUCAAGUGUUGUUGAGCUGUUGCUCUUCUGGGGCUGUUAUGUGGAUAGCAUUGAUCCAGAGGGGCGGACGGUAUUGAGUGUUGCAGCUGCGCAAGGUGGAACAGAUGUUGUCAGUCAGCUACUUGAUAGAGGACUUGAUGAGCAGCACCGUGACAACUCAGGCUGGACACCGUUGCAUUAUGCAGCCUUUGAAGGGCAUGCUGAGGUAUGUGCAGCUCUCUUGGAAGCUGGUGCACGCGUGGAUGAGGCUGAUAAUGAUGGCAAGGGACCGCUGAUGCUGGCAGCACAGGAAGGUCACACGCAGCUUGUGCACAUGCUGCUUGCUGAACAUGGUGCACCCCCAGAUCAGCGAGCCCAUGAUGGUAAAACAGCUCUCAGAUUGGCAGCUAUUGAGGGACACUGUGAAGUUGUCCAGAGCCUGCUAAGUCAUGGUGCCGAUGUGAACAUGAGGGAUGCAGAUGGAAGAAGUACAUUGUAUGUGUUGGCAUUAGAAAAUCGUCUCGCAAUGGCCAGGUUUCUCCUGGAGGAAGGAGCAGCUGACAUUGAAAGCAGGGACUCUGAGGGUAGAACACCUUUGCAUGUUAGUGCGUGGCAGGGCCAUGCGGAUAUGGUCGCAUUACUGCUUACCAUUGGUGGUGCAGAUGUUAAUGCAACAGACAAUGAAAAUCGGACAGCACUUCAUUCGGCAUCUUGGCAGGGUCAUGCAUCUAUUGUGAGGUUACUUCUGGAACAUAGUGCAAGGCCAGAUCAUACUUGCAACCAAGGUGCAACUGCUCUAGGAAUAGCUGCUCAAGAAGGUCAUGAAGCUUGUGUGAGGGCACUUCUAACCCAUGGUGCAGAUCCUAACCAUUCAGAUCGCUGUGGACGCAAUGCAUUGAAAGUUGCUGCAAAGAGUGGUCACGACUCUGUUGUGAGACUGCUGGAGGAGUUUUCUGCCAGUCAAAAACAACAGCUUGGCCGACCAGGGAUCAAUGGUGGAGGCAGCAGCAGUGCUACUUCAGUCACUUCUGGUUCCACAGCAGAAACAAAACCGUCUUCUGCUGUUUUGUGUCCACCAGGUCCAUGCCAUGCGUAUUCACCAGUGGAAUCACCAGACUCCAGCAAACGGCGCUCAUUUGUAUCACUGGGGAAUAAUUCAAGUAAUAGCAAGUCCAGUUCUAAUUUUACUGGCUCCACUAAAAGUUCCCAACGAUCCCAGGAGCCUGGGGGCAAUUCAAAUCUUGUCCCACCUCUUCAGCAUGCUCAGCAAGCACAGAUUGUAGGCGGUCCUGCAUUAUCCUUCACUCAGCAGCUGCAGCAGUGUACUCGUGGCACAAAGACACGCCCUCUGAGCAAACUACUUAGUCCUCUUCAGAGUGAACCUCAGAGUCCAAUUUAUGCAUCACCUCCUCACAGUCCGCUCAGUGAUGUGGCUGUUCCUAGCAGUCCUUUGGCCCUCAUGCCCACCACAAAUCACAAGUCAGGUCUACUAAUAAACUCAGGAAUGGUAGCAGAUCCUCACUUUGCAAGAGAUACACAUAUGCGCAUAAUCCUGGGCAACUCUGGGAGUGCUGUGGGGCGAAGUCCAACAUCCAUUCUCUCUUCUCAACCUUCACCUGACUUUGGAAAUUCAACUUCUGGUGGCAGUGGAGGUUUAUUGAAGCCACGUCGUAAUGGAAUUGUGACAAAUCCUGCAUUGAGAAUAGUGGCAGGUGUGAAAAAUGGACUGGAUGCAGCUGCAGGGAGGAAACAUGGCAGCCAGACUCAAGCCAGUCGUCUGCAGCAGUCUCGGGCCAGUGGGUUCCAGUGGAGGAAGGAGACCCCACUUUGAGGCUCUGAAUAUUCAGAUAUUGUUUGUAUCACCAUCUUGUCAUCAAGCAAGUGGAUUCUUGGAUAUCAAACUUUGUCAUAACCCGUGAUCCCCAGUCAUCAUAUUGGUAUCACAUAUCCUCAUGACAUUGUAUGUGAAGACAUCACAUCUGGAACUAGUCUUUCAGUAUGUAGUAUUUUUAAGGAGUGCAGCUGAGAUUAUAGAAAACAAAGUGUGAAUUUGUCAACAACAUGACUGUUGAGUGAAAAGUGACAUUGGAGAGAACCAGUGUUGCAAGUAAUGAGGCCUAUCGGAUUAGGCCUAUUGUUUCUAUCUGCUUUUGUUUAACUUAAAUGUUAUAGUGCUGAAUAUUGAGAUCAUGCAGUAGCUCAAGUUUGUAAUAAUGCAUAAGACUUUCAGAACCUUCAAAUUAUAGUUUACAAUAAUGAAAACCAUUCUUGUGCUGUGACACAUACAUGAUUAAGAAAAGACUAUUCCAGCUUAUGAGCUCUUUCUUCUAUAGUGCUGGCCAUACAAAGGCAAAUUAUCUGUUUCCCUUUUCUUGUACAGGGCUGUAAUGUAGUUGCAUUUCCUCUGCAAGAAAGCAAUGAAAGUGUUAUAAUUUGCUCAUUCAGAUGAAAGUUUUAAAUUUUGCUGUAAUAAUAAUAUAUAUCUCCUUUUGUUGCUCAGAAUUAUCCCACACUGUGUACCAAAAUAUGGCAAACAGUUUUAGUUUUUCUGUCCUAUCAUAGCUGUGAAAAUGUUUGUCUUACUAGAGAAUGACUAGUGCCAGUUUUGUAAAGCAUAAAAGUGGAUGUGUACUUAAAAGCAAAGAAUGGUGAUUUGUUUUUAACAUGUUUAGCUAUAUUGAAAAUUAAACUCUUAAGAAAAAUAUAACUUGCUAUUCAUAUAUCAGAAUGCUGAAGCAAUAGUCAUUUCAAGGGCUUCAGUUUAUGUCAAAGGGAUAAUAUUCCUGCAAUAAAUUUUGCAACAAAUUUACCAUCUCAAGUUGAAGACAACAGUAGAGAGGCUGGUUUCAGAAUGUCUUUGUACACUGGCCAUGUCUGCAGCUUAUAUCUAUAAUGUUCCUGAGCAGCCAAUAUUAUCUGCUAUGUGUUCCAACACUAUUACCAUAAGAGCAGUAAUCUAUUUGUAACACAGGAAAAGCCUUGUAGUACAAGGAAUUAUGGCAUUCUGAAAUACUAGUGCCAGAUAAGAACACUGUCCAGAUCAGUAAUAAUAUUUGUUUUAGGUUGUAGCUACAUUCCUCUGACUUCCAUACCUCAGAUUUUCUCAUAUUAAUGCCCCCUCCCCAAAGUGUUGAAAUAUCUUUUGAACUUGUACAUUGUAGCUCUCUGUUAUUUGACUUUCAGGGCAUAUUUUAACCUUUGUAGUUAUAAGAUUGGUUGGAUCUAUGGCAACAAAUUUCAUAAAGGGGCAGUAACAAUUAGAUUAAUUAUCCUUAUCUGACAUGCUUGCCAUUUCCAGCUUUCUGCUGGUAGAAGCAACAAAUUGGCAGAAAUGGAGAAAAAUUGAAAUAUAUUUUCCCUGAACAGUUGAACUAUGGGAUGGAAGUAAUUAUAAUCAAAAUAAUUAAAUGUUUGUGGGAACAUCCCACAUAUCAUAUUUAUAAAGCACCCACUUUCCAGCUAAUUUUUCACCAUCACUCGCUCUAACCAAUCACAUUGCUUCCAAUGCUUGCAUUUAUACAGCACUUACUGUCUAGCCCGCAUCCCGAUCAUUACAUGCGCUAGCCAAUCAGCGCUCUGCAAACUUCGCUCCUCCAUCACGCAUUGUAUAAAAGGCGGAGCACAUUGCUCGCCAUAGUCAGCGUCGUCAGUGUCAGUGACCACAUCAGCCAGUCAGCUAUCACACUUCGUACAGAGCGAUCGGUCUUCGGAGUCAUCGGCACUCCACUGCAUCAGGGACAGCUGUCUCGGCUCUCCAGCGGUCAUGCCUGACUCACUGGACAACUCAACUGCCUCGGCUCGCCGGCGGUCAUGCCCAACUCACUGGGCAACUGGCAUAGCUGCCACCACUCCAGUGACUGCGCUCCGCAACCAGACUUCUCCCAGCAGCCACGCUCUGCAAUCAGGCAACACCCGACAACUGCCACACUGUGACCAGGCAACUCCCGGCAACUGCCGCGCUGCGGCCAGUCAACUCACUCAGCUGCCAUAACAUUAGUCAACACACCACAGCUGACAUCAUUUCUACCGGUGCAUGCAGCCCUACUUCACCAGCCGAACAACCCUUUGCAGGGCCUACAAACUUUCCAAAGUGGUUUGUCUAUUGGAGUAUCGACAAAUCCCACAUGUUUAACUAAACUUUAGGGGCAAAAUUCUCUCUUCAGAGAACUGUAUCAUCAGAGAAAUGAUAGAAAUUGAACUCAAUCCCAAAAAUGUGAAUGGAGAAGAUAGUUUCUUCAUGAGCAGCUUACGAAAGUCUCUUGUUCAAAUCCCAAAGGGGCAUAAGAAAUCUCUUUCUAAGGACAAAUCAUGACUUUUCUUUCCUCUUCUUAUAGUCCUCAUUAGGCCUGUUAUGUAAUUUCCCUUUUCAGGGUCAUCUUUCACAGUUCACAUUAGUCUGCCCAGGGUUCCAUCUCACCAUCAUCAUCAGUGGCUUUGAUUGGCCAUUCUCUCUACACUUGCUGUGUAACGUCCCCAUUUCCCAGCUUGGCUCUUUGUAUAUCCUGGAGAUAGAGGCUGGAGGUUCCUCAGUUGCAUCAGCAGCCAUCAGUCAGACCACACAGUCAUAACCCAAAAGAUGAAUAAGUUAAAAGAAAUUUCAGACUAUACAGUGUUUUUCUUUUUCUGUUACAAUGUUCAGGAAUGUCAUGAGAUUUUUCUCUUGUUAAAGAAUGAAAUGACCAGUUUUUACUUUAUUUGACCAAAAUCCAGUUACUUCCUAGUGAUCAAUAAAUGUAAUUAUGUUAUGAUGGGGUAACAGCUGAUACAGUGUGUUAAAUAUUCCUUCUGUCCAAUGUGGAAGUUUAUAAGAUCAUUCUGAAACCUUUCCCUCUUGGAAGAGAAUUGCUGAAAAAUAAAUAAAUUAUUGGACUUUGAAUAGCCAGCAUUUAAGAACUGAGUAAAUCCACAAUGACAUAUGGCCUUAUUAAAAUUAUAUUCAGGGCUGCAGCCAGAAAUUAACCAGUAGUGAAUUAUAUGCUAAUAUUAUCUCCAAUAUAAGGAAAUAAUGGCAUGCUGCAGUGAUGAUACACACAGCUGUCUGUACCAUCUUUAUAAUCAUAUCAUUAUUUCUUGGUAAGCUAAGAAAUGUUUGCUAGACUUGAGUUUUUCACCCCUUUUUCUAGGAAACUCUCAGGAAAAUGAAAACUUAUUUUGUUCUUAGACAAAAGAUUUUAAUACACCUCUGCCGAAUGCUUUUAUAUGUUAUUUUAUCACCAGUUUUCAGACUUAAAACAAAACAAAUUGUCUUUAACAAGUAAUUAACUUAAUUCUCCAAACAUUAUUAUGCAUUAUUUAUUGUUAACCUGCUUCAGUUAUUAUGUCCUUAAUUGGUGUGUGAAGCAUAAAGAGCUUAACAUCACAAACAGAACUGCUAUUUAAAAUAUAGUCAUUAUAAUUUGUGUGUGAGGAAUGAAGUUUUCUGAAUUUCUACAGAAAGAUAGGCAUGGCCAUGUAUGAGUGGAAAGAACUGCUGUUCUUUACAGAAUGAAUCAUGAAGCCAAAUACUAGAAUGCAUAUAUGUACAUGACAUGGGUGCAUAUAUAUGUGUAUAUAUAUGUGUUUGUGUGGAAGACAGUGAAAUGAUCUCUUUGCAUUGAUGAUAAAAAAAAGACAUAGCUUGGACAUUGUCUCUAAAGAACGUUCAUCAACAAGACUGUCAAAUGAAGUGGCAAUGAAGAAACAUAAUUAAUGUCUGCAUCAUGGCAAUUGGCUGUGUUGAGUGCUUCACUAGAUGUCUCAUCAGUGAGCCACCUGUCUUCUUCAGGGUUUAUGAUGAACUGAUCUGGAGUCUGAUAAAGAUUAUUCUGUGGACCUGGGAAUGUGCAGCUCUGAAGGAGGCAACAUGCAUUGGUUUGAUUUCUCCCUGGGACAAAACUGCACACUAGCACCAUAACAUUUCCAUACUGAACCAUAGUUUUACACUAAGUUGUAAGUAAAUGCACAAUGAAUGCUUGAUUAAGACUAAAAGAAUUAUGUAUGUAUUAAAAUAUAAAGAUGCAGUGUGUGAACUUAUCUUAUGAGCUCCGAAAAUGCUGCAAUUGUUUUUGUUCAUAACAUCUCUGGAAUUUGUGCCUCAGAAACUUUUAAUCACUUCUGGGAUUUCACAUUUUUUAUCCAUUUUGGCAACUAUUUCAUUGCUAAGCACAGUAAUUGGUCUUAAAGGGACAUUUUCCCUGGGAGUAAAACAACUAGAUUGUGAUGCUAACUUUAAUCUUCAUCUAGUGCGAAGAUCAGAGAUUUGUGGAGUUAUGCCUCCACUCCCCCAUACAUGGUUAUGUGCUUAAUUAAUCACAGGUGCAAUGCUAGUUUUAUAAGGCAAGAGGCCUUUAGUCUUAAGGAUUGUUAUGUUACCCAGUGUGCACACAGAGCAAUGCUUCUUUAUAUCUUUGGCAUAUUCUGUUCCUAAAUAAUUUAGUGUUAUGGGAAACUUAAUCAGGACAAUGAACUUUGCAUCUAUAUUUCUUUGGUGUCAGUGGAUUUGAACACUAAACUGAGGAAACCGUAAUUGGAGGAAAUUUAACACGGAUAUUCUUAACCUGAAAUCACUAACAUUCAACCUUAAAGGAGGAAAGAGCUCAAGUCAAACCUCCCAAGUUGAAGCAAGUGUCCUAACCACCAAACUGUGUUGUCUGGUGCCAUUUUUAUUGUUGUGACAUAUAGCAUAAAGUUUUUCAGAAUAUUCCCAUUAGAUAAUGUUGCCAUUUAGUUAAAAAAUGUUAAGAAUUGCCAGAAGUGUUAUGUACAUGCAGUAUUGCUGCUUUUUCUUAUCCUUUAUUUCUUUUCAUUUCCCUCCAUUAUAAUACAUAUUAAAGAAUAUUUAGUAAGUGACUUUGAUAACUGUUUAAGAAUCUAUCUUUAAUAAAUGAGGUAAAUGUAGCAGCAGUGGACCACUUCAAAAAUGAUUUCAAAAUUUGGCAGAAGUAACAAUUCUGUGAUUACAUUUGAUAUCAAAUAGAUCUUCUACCAAAGUACUUCCAUAAGACUCAUCUUUUAUGCAUACAAAUUGUGCAUGUUAUUCAGUUACUAUGUAUAUUUCAUGGUUCUGUAAACCUAUAUAAUAAAUAGGAUGGAGUAACAGCACAAAAAGAGCAGACAGCAAGAAAAGUAGUAAUAUAUGUGUCCCAGAGGUUGAUCAGUUAAUUCUGUACCAGGCUUUCAAGUAUACAUUAGAUAUAAUAUAACAGAAAAUUGGCUUGUGGCAAAUGAAGAUUAAUGUAUGACUAGUGUGUAACAUUAAAAAGUUGUCCACCUAAUUUUUGUACCUUCAUUUGGAAAUUUACCACAGCAUUAAUUACAGAUAUAACCAAAAGUAAUUUUAAUUAUUUCCAUAAUUUUUAAUUACAGGGUAUUUAGUCUUAAAUUGCUUGAAUAGUCUACAGUACGAUCUGCAGAAAGACGUUCUGCAGUUUAGACUGGCAGAAAUAUUGCAAUAUUAAGUCAUUAAACAAAUUAAUGAAGGAAGGUUGUGUUUGGUAAAAUAUUUGCAAGUGGAGUGAAUCAUUUGGAGAUAUUUUAGGCUGUGACUGAAAUCAGAUAUACACUUCAGAUUUGAAUUCUGAUGGUUGAACAUGUACAUCUUCCAUAACAUAAUACUCAAAACUCUGAAAUUGAUAAUGUAGUUUACUGUAUUUGGUCGUCCUUUCUGUCUGCAGAAGCGCAUAUAUGAUUCAUAUAGGGAAGAUUACUUACUUAUCAUAAUGGCCUAUGUGCCCACAUACCAUAACUUUAUGAGUUUCAUGAAGAAUCUUAGUGAACAUUAAUUAGAGAUUAAUAUAAUCAUGUAAGAAAUAAGCAGUUUUAUCUCCAGUUCAUAACCUUGUAAUAAAGUCCAUCGAAAUGGUUCAGACAUGACAGUGAUAAAAAAUACUUCACUCUUGCUGCAUUUUCUUCAUAAUAGGCUCAAAUUUCUUCUGAGUAUGAGGAUCAUUGUUAUGGAGUACUAAUAAUCCUGCUGUUUGUAUUUUUGCCCUAACCUCUCUCUGAUACACACAAAAAUAAUAUUUUAUAUAAUGUAUGUCUGUCAAUGCUUGAACUGAAAAUUGUACCUGCUACAAAGACUAGGAGGACAGCUGGACUCUUCCAGAGACUACAGUCUCUGCAAUGCAAUAAUGUGAUGAAUAAACACAAUGCAAACGAAUUAAGUAAGAUGGAUAUUGGGAGAAUACAAAUCAUAAAUGGUGCUAAAUAAUUAAUCAUUGUCACACAAGUAUUGUUGCAGAAGCCUAAUAACUGGUUUAUUGUAUAUUUGAGGAAAAUGCAUAAUUUUCUGUUAUCUUGAAAAGAAGAUAAUGUUUAAUAUGUAUUCUGCAUACUGUAUUUAUGCAUGUAACAUAAUCAUGCAGGUAUAUCCAGUAUACCUUUUGGUAAUAACAUUUUCAGGGAAAUGAUGUGUUGAGAAAACUAUAACACUAUAUCUGAAAACUUUCUCAAGUUAACUCAGCAUUAAAAUUUAGCACAAAAUCAUGUGUGUCCUUGAAGGUGAUGGCUUAAAACACUUAUAUUUAGGGCACUAUUUGAACCUUGAAUUAAUAUGCUCCUUGUACAGUCAUGUUUUUCUCUUCACACAUAGUAUUUCUUACCAACCCAGCCCCUAGAUUAUGAAGAGUUCUUUCUUCUGGGAUGUAAUGCUGUGUAGUCCAUUGAAAGUCAACUGACUUUGUGGGGAGAUAUGUCCUCUCCAUCUUCAGGGUUGAAGAUACCAGCAUGAAAUGCCCUGAAAAGGACCAUUUUCCUUUUUCACUGUUCCUAUUGGGCAGUGACCAGGCCCCAUUUCCUGUCCCCCUCCCAUGGAUUUGAGUGACCUUGCAAUUUGCCAAUGCAAACUAAACACUUCCUCACUGUAUACAAUUCAACCCUGAAGAUGGAGGCAGCAUAUUCCUCCAGAACUUUAAUGUUGGGAUCUGCCUACAAGACUAUACAGCGUCAAACCUGGAAGACCAAAAUCUGAAUAACCAUCACCAUGGAAACCGCAAAUUGUGUAUCUAAAUAUUUCACUUAUUGACCAACAAAUGUAAUUUAUCUAUACAGAAAUUUUGUGAUAAUUUUUAAUGCAUUUGCUCUUAAACUUUUUGGUUAAUUCUAUUUAAAUAUUCUGAGUACAUGAAAUGAGAUUUUAUGUCAUUGGAACCAAUGUCUGCAUAACAACUAUCUUCUGAAACCCUUUGGCAUUCAAUGAACGGUUGUGGUUACAGAGCAGAAAAGUGAAUCUACUUUACUAGGCUUCCAUAAUAUCACAUCGUUUAAUGCCAAAGGUUUACAGCAUUUAUUAUGUACAGAUGAAUAUUAUAAAGAAGUAUUAAUUUUGUAUUAUAAAUUCAGCUUAUACUCAUGUAUCUGAAAGUGUGUCAUUGCACCUGUUCAGAAGUAAUCAGUUUUGAGCCUCACUUGUAUGGACACCUAUAGUUUGUUUAAAUAAUUCAGUCUGAUUAAUGAUCUACUUUUCACUAUAUAGCAGGAUUGUAAUAUGUAUUAUUAUGGAGUUUAAGAAUUGAUCUAACAGUUCACAAGCAUGAUAAUUAUUGAACACAAACUUACAUAAAGAGAAAUAAUAAUUAUGUUGUAAAAAAGACUUAUGUAUCAUAUUGUCUGUAUGACGAACAGUCUGUUGAGUAUAAAAGGGUCUAUAAAUAUUCAUAAGUCAUUAACUGCCAAAUUUAUGUAUUUGUUUAACUUUAGAAUGCUGUUGUUUAAUUAGAUUAUAUACACAUAUGUCACCAUUAAAGCGUGUAAUCUGUUGUUUUA